GUUUUCUUUAGUGGUUUAUUAAUCUGCAGAAAUACGGCAACUUUUGUGGUUAGUCAUAUAAGAACAACCGCGUUACAAACUUCUCUCGUCUUUCCUGGAAAUUUCUGUCCACAAAUAUUAGUCUUUAAUUUUCGGUAUGAACACUGACCCUUCCUUGAUCUAUUGAUCUUUGUCGCAGUAUUUAUUAAGAUUUUAUCUCUAUCAGACGGCUCUUUUGAUUAAUAUUUUUCCGACUCUUAUUUCUUAUCUUCUUUGCUCAGAAACUUCUCUCAGGCGAAUUCAAGUUUCAUAGUUUUGGUCUAGUUUUUGUCCACCGAUCUAUCUCUUUAGUUGAAACUUAUCAGAAUGGCUCGUCCACAAGACCCUCCACGUGGUUUCUUCCCUUUUGGAAACCCCUUCAAAAAUCUAUCUUCGAAGAACUCGGUACUCUCCUCAAAGCUUCUCCCACUCCUGAACAAUUUUGAGACCAACUUAGCAUCUUCUAUUAGUAAGCUUGUCCCUAAGGAAAAGAGCGAUAUCCUGACUGUCUCAUGGAUGAAACAAGCUAUGGAAUCUCUUUGCGAGACACAUAAUGGUAUCAAGACCCUUAUAACCGAUCUUGAGCUUCCUGUAUCAGAUUGGGAGGAUAAAUGGGUUGAUGUCUAUCUUGACAUUAGUGUGAAGCUUCUUGAUCUCUGCAAUGCCUUUAGCUCUGAGCUUACCCGUCUCAACCAAGGUCAUCUCUUACUCCAGUUUGCUCUGCAUAACUUGGAGGCCAACUCUCCUCAGAAUCUGUCGAAAGCUCAGUCAUCACUAGACAGUUGGAAGCAACACAUUGUCUCCAAGAACCCGAGAAUAGAAAAUUGCCGUGCAAUCUUGAGCAGCCUUGUUCAGACCUUGAAUCUCCCCAAGGUGAAAAACUCGGCCAAAGGGAAAGUCUUGAUGAGAGCUCUAUAUGGUGUAAAGGUUAAGACCUUAUACAUCUCUGGUGUUUUUGCUGCAGCGUUCUCAGGUUCAUCGCAGAAUCUGAUGUACCUUACAGUCUCAAACGAGCUUCCAUGGGCACAAUCAUUCAUGGAAGUGCAGAACACCAUGAACGCAGAAAUCAAGAACAUAUUUUUGUCAGACGGGUUAACGGUUCUGAAAGAGCUAGAGGCAGUUGCUUCAGGUGUCAAGAAACUCUACCCUGCGAUCCAACAAGGAUCAAUAGAUCCCAUAUCGCUGCAGCCACUGAAGGACUCGGUCACAGAAUUAUCGAAUGGGAUAGAUCUUGUUUCGAAAGAAGUGGAUUGUUUCUUCAAGAUUCUGUUAUCGGGGAGAGACACAUUACUAGAGAACCUAAGGUCGAUGGGUGCAUCAACCCUACAGGCAACAUCGCCAAAAAAGGCUGCCGGAAAAAAUUACAGAGGAUUCUGAUAAACUAUAAAUGUUUGUACAGAUGGUUUUACUUCAAGUGUUCCAUCUUCUUGGUAUUGAAUGUAUUAUUAGGUUUUUGUGCAAUCGUAGUCGUUUGUAUGAGAUGCUUUGAAAGUAGUAGUUGUAUAAGUAAAGGUUUUACCAACUUAUCUAUAUAUAUUAUGAAUAUCUUUGAAGCUAUCAAGAUCCCAACAUUUAUC